AAAAAAUUAAAACGCUGUUUUUAUAGAUUGGUGUUAAAAUAAUGAUAGAGAUGAGGCUGGUAAUUACUGUUUACUUAAUUAUACAUACAGUUACCGGAUUUAGUGACAAGGAAGUCUGGAAAACAUUUAAGGAUACAUAUGCUAAAUCUUACACCUUACUAGAGGAAUCCAAUCGUUUUAGAAUUUUUCAAGAUAAUUUGCACAAAAUCCAGACUCACAAUAAAAGAUUCGAAGCAGGGCGAUCAUCUUAUAAACUUGGUAUCACAGAAUUUACUGAUUUAACAUCAUUAGAGUUUUUAGAUAAGUUUAAGCUAAUUAAAUUUGAUGUAUCUGACAAAGAAAGUAAUAUACAACAAAACAUUAUUGGUGAUUUACCAGAUGAAAUUGACUGGAGAGAAAAAGGUGCCGUAACUGAAGUAAAAGAUCAAGGGGCUAUAGGUUUAUGUGGAGCUUUUAGUGUAACUGGUGCAGUAGAGGGUUCCAACUUUAUAUCCACCGACACAUUAAUAUCUCUUAGUGAAAAAAACCUAGCUGACUGUGUAGAAACUACUUCCUGUGAUGCUGAUUGGAUAACCAGAGCUUUUGACUAUGCAAAAGAUAAAGGAAUCAUGUCGGAAGAUAAUUAUCCUAUAAAUUCGGAUAAUACAUGCAAAUAUAAUGCUUCGACAGUUGCUGCCAAAAUAAAUAGUUUUGCAUAUAUUAAACGGGAUGAUGAAUUAGAACUACAGAAGGCAGUUGCGCUUAAGGGACCAGUUUCUGUUAUUAUUAACGUCACUCCUAAUUUCCAGUUUUAUGUAUCAGGUGUAUUUGACGAUGAAAAUUGCAAUCCAGAUCAAUUAAAUCACAGUGCUCUCGUGGUAGGAUACGGAGUUUCUAAUGGUCAAUAUUACUGGAUAGUUAAAAAUUCUUGGGGGACCUCAUGGGGUAUGAACGGUUAUAUCCUAAUGUCCAGAAAUAAAAAUAAUCAAUGUGGAAUUUCUAGGAGUGCAGUAUAUGCAACUAUUUGAAAUUUUUAUGAAAUUAUAGAUAAAUAGAUUAUACAUAUUUUUAUAGCGCUGUAUAGUAAUUAUUGCGACUGUCUAAGGUCCGCUUGCCAUUAUGCUAAUUUUAGUACUUAUUUCAUUACUGAAAACAUUAGUUAGUUGCGCGAGUCGAUUUAGUAUGAAAAAUGUAUGUUGGUGUUUGCAACUAUCUUAAUUUUAAUUAGCAUUUAGGCAUGCGCUUUACCAAUUUUGUAUCGAUAUCCUAACAAUGAUGUUUGUUUUAUGUGAUUAGAGUAAACAAAACACACACGUAAAUAAUCAUGGUGAAAAAGA